UCCGCAGUUGUCUGAUGAUUACCAUCACACUUCAGUCAUAAGUUGAUAGGCAGCCUCCACUGACGAGUGAAGUCUAAUGGUGAUCAUUACCUUCCCCAUCCAUCCAGUCUGUGUUGGAGUAGAAGAACAUCAUGCUGUUGACAUUGACCUGUAUCACUGUCCCAACUGUGCCGUUCUACAUGGUUCUUCCUUGAUGAAAAAGAGGAGGAACUGGCACAGGCAUGACUACACAGAAAUUGAUGAUGGUUCCAAACCAGUGCAAGCUGGAACUAGGACUUUUGUGAAGGAAUUACGUUCUCGAGUCUUCCCAAGUGCCGAUGAAAUCAUUGUGAAAAUGCAUGGCAGCCAGCUGACACAAAGAUACCUGGAGAAACAUGGAUUUGAAGUCCCUAUUAUGGUCCCCAAAUUAGAUGAUCUGGGACUGAGGCUUCCUGCACCUACUUUUUCUGUUAUGGAUGUGGAACGUUAUGUAGGUGGUGACAAAGUGAUAGAUGUCAUUGAUGUGGCAAGGCAGGCAGACAGCAAAAUGACACUUCACAAUUAUGUUAAAUACUUCAUGAAUCCUAACAGACCAAAAGUGUUAAAUGUGAUCAGCCUUGAAUUUUCAGAUACAAAGAUGUCUGAGUUGGUGGAGGUCCCUGACAUAGCCAGAAAACUUUCCUGGGUGGAAAAUUACUGGCCAGAUGAUUCAGUCUUUCCCAAGCCAUUCGUUCAGAAAUACUGCUUAAUGGGAGUUCAAGACAGCUACACAGAUUUCCACAUCGACUUUGGUGGAACUUCAGUUUGGUACCAUGUCCUCUGGGGUGAGAAGAUUUUUUAUUUGAUAAAGCCAACAGAUGAAAAUUUGGCACUCUAUGAAUCUUGGAGUUCAUCUGUGACCCAGAGUGAGGUUUUCUUUGGUGAUAAGGUGGAUAAAUGCUACAAAUGUGUGGUAAAGCAGGGACAUACCUUAUUUGUUCCUACAGGGUGGAUUCAUGCAGUACUCACUUCUCAGGACUGUAUGGCUUUUGGGGGGAACUUUCUCCACAACCUAAACAUUGGCAUGCAGCUCAGGUGUUAUGAGAUGGAAAAAAGGCUAAAAACACCAGAUCUUUUCAAAUUCCCUUUCUUUGAAGCCAUAUGUUGGUUUGUAGCCAAAAACUUGCUGGAAACACUGAAAGAACUGAGAGAAGAUGGUUUCCAGCCUCAAACUUACCUAGUACAGGGCGUGAAAGCACUGCAUACUGCUUUAAAAUUAUGGAUGAGAAAAGAACUUGUAUCUGAACAUGCCUUUGAAAUUCCAGACAAUGUUAGACCUGGACAUCUCAUUAAAGAACUUUCUAAAGUAAUUCGAGCAAUAGAGGAGGAAAACAGCAAACCAGUUAAAUCUCAGGGAAUUCCUACUGUGUGUCCAGUUUCACGAUCCUCAAAUGAAGCAACUUCCCCGUACCAUUCCCGACGAAAGAUGAGGAAACUUAGAGACCAUAAUGUUCGAACUCCUUCUAACCUAGACAUCCUGGAGCUACACACGAGGGAGGUCCUCAGAAGACUGGAAAUGUGCCCGUGGGAAGAGGACAUCUUGAGCUCUAAACUGAAUGGAAAAUUUAACAAACAUCUCCAGCCAUCUUCCACGGUGCCUGAAUGGAGAGCGAAAGAUAAUGAUCUACGAUUACUGCUGACAAAUGGAAGAAUAAUUAAAGAUGAAAGACAACCCUUCGCAGAUCAAAGUCUUUAUACAGCAGAUAGCGAAAAUGAAGAGGAUAAGAGAAGGACAAAAAAGGCACAAAUGAAGAUGGAAGAGAGUUCAGGAAUAGAGGGGGUGGACAAUGAAGAAUCGCAAAAACCACUUAACAGGUUUUUUACAAGUGUGAAAUCAGAACUCAGGAAUCGAUCAUCAGAAUAUUCUGAUAUUUCUGAUUCAGAAGACUCUGGACCUGAUUGCACUGCACUGAAAAAUAAUUUUACCACUGAAGAGUCUGAAAGUUCAGGUGAUGAAAAGAAACAAGAAAUAACAUCAAACUGUAAGGAGGAGUCUAAUGUGAUGAGGAACUUCCUUCAGAAGGGCCAAAAGCCAUCUAGAAGUGAAAUUUCAAUUAAAAGGGAAUGUCCUACCUCGACGAGCACAGAGGAAGAAGCUAUUCAGGGCAUGCUGUCUAUGGCAGGGUUGCACUAUUCCACGUGUUUACAAAGGCAGGUUCAAAGCACAGACUGCAGCGGUGAACGAAACUCUCUCCAGGACCCCAGCAGCUGCCACAGCAGUAACCACGAGGUUAGGCAGCUGUAUCGCUAUGAGAAACCAGUGGAAUGUGGAUACCAUGUCAAGACUGAAGAUCAGGACUUGAGGAGUUCUUCCUGGAUUAAACAAUUGGAUUCAACUUCCAGAUUUAAUCUUCAGGAUCUAAGCAGAAGCCAGAAAUGCAUCAAAAAGGAAGGUUCAUCAGAAACCAGUCAGAAGAUACAAAAUAGAAAUUCUGUGGACAGCAGUGGCUCAAGCCCUCAGAACGGAAAGUAUAUGCAGAAUUCGAGCCUGGUUUCGGGGGCAUGCCGGAUAAGUAAUGGCAGUGUGAGCCCAGAAAGGCCAGUUGGUGAAACUUCCUUUUCAGUGCCCCUUCACCCCACCAAGAGACCUGCGUCAAAUCCACCACCUAUCAGCAACCAGGCAACGAAAGGUAAACGUCCAAAAAAAGGAAUGGCAACAGCCAAACAACGUCUUGGGAAGAUCCUUAAGUUGAACAGAAAUGGCCAUGCACGUUUUUUUGUGUGACGGAGCUGCCAUUGGGGCCACUCUUCCCUUUGGAGACCAGUCUCGGGGGUGCGGGAGCCUGGAGCUCCCGCCGUGCGUGUGCAGUAGAGAACACUGCCUGAAGAACAAAAUGAACCUGAUGCUGCAUUUUCACUGUGCCACACCCACUCAGCAAUAACCAUUUUGGACCUGGUGGGGGAGAGGAAGAAGGAGGGUAGAACCUUAAAAGGAGACCUUGAACUGGAAAGGGUCUCUCGUCAGGGCUUGAAUAUCAUUUUGUUGUUGGUAGUGUCUUGAUUUAUUUUCAGUGGUAGGGUAAAGAAUUAUCAAUAAUUUAUUUAACAGAUUUUUUUUUUAAAGUUAACAGCUUUUAAAUUCUUUUUUAAAGCUAUUUAUUUGGAAGAUUUCUGGAGAAAUAUCUCACUAAUUUAGAUUUAAGAAUGUGAAGGUUUUUAAAUUAUUUUUGAUAGUGCGUGUGUUACAUGUGGGGAAGAGCCACAGUAACAGUAACUAGUCUGGACUCUUAAAUUUGAUAUUCAGGUUAAAGUCUUAAACAGGGAUUUGAUGCAUUAAUUAUUUUAAAUUAAGAUGUAUAUGAAAAUCAUUUUAUUUUAUAUAUUUCGUGUUUUUUAUAAGCUAUUAGCUUCGCUUUUGCUAACAUCCAAGGUGCGUACUGUUAUCCAGGUUGAUGACCUUACACCCCGCCGCCCCCUCUGCGCCCCCGACAGUUGUGACGACACAACAGACUUCUCUUUGCAGGGAACACUUUCAUAGCCAACGCGUAAGAACUGCGUCAAAGACCCCUCGUUUCUCAUUUCAUUUGACAUUGCGAUUUUCUCCUAAAUAUAAAAAAAGGCUUCUUGCAUUUUCAUUUUCUGCUGGUGAUAUCUGGGUCCCAAAGAGAACAGCUUUAAAUCUUCUUCCUACUUGUGGGAAAAGUAUUAUAAGUUUGGUUAAGUUGUCAUAUUUGUAGUUUUUCAAAUACAUUUGUAACUACAGAGGGCCUUCUUCAGACUGCUGGUAUUGGAGCGCAGGGCCGACACCUGCCACAGAGGUUAUAUUUUACACUUUUUAUUCUGUGUACCUAAUUCGUUGGAAAAUAUGAUUUGACUUAGUCUAUUCAAAUCUACACAAUAAGCCGUAAUAUAAUAGGACUAUACUACAUUAAUUAUAUAGAUGCAAGCAUGUUGGAGUAGAUCUUUUGAGGUGUGUGUGUGUUUAGUUUUUUUAUUUCUUAACCUUCUAAAGAAUUAUUUAAGAUAUGGAUUUGGAGUAAAAUCGGUGCUUCUUGCAGUUUCUUCCAUCUGUCCUAACUUAGCCAGCGCAUAUUGAGGUUAAGUAUCUGGUAGAGCUUUAAGGUAAAUAAUCAUUUAUCUCCUUUAUGCACAAUUUUUUUUUUUUGAUAGCUAAAACAUAAUUUAUUUUUUUUAAUGCACAAUUUUUACUAAAUGCCAGUUGCUAAUCAUAGCUAAUGUUUUACUCCCCUCCCCAUGGCAUAAAAAUAAGUGAUUUCUGGGGUGGGGGAGGUGGUGAAGAUGUUUCCAAUUUUGACAAUAGAGCAUUUUACAAGUUCCUAUAAAGAAAAUAUAGGCAAAUAAGAUCAAAUUUAUUUUCGUGAAGAAAUAUGGCCAUAUGAUAGACAUCCUUUUUUUAGUCAGCAAGGUAGCAGGACUUUCUCUUCUGUAUUAAGUAUCACAUGUAGCUCUAAGAAAAAAAAAUCUCCACUAUCAUCGUUCAUGGUUCAAAUAUGUAUUUUCAAAGAGAGAUAUUUCUUACUCUGUCUUCAUUCCAGUGUUUCAUGGAGUAAAUAUGAAACAGCUUAUGAAUUAGCCUUUUUGGUCCAAGUGGCUGGACCAAAAUCUGGAUCUUAUCUGGGUGUCAAGAAGAAUUUUUACAGAAAUACUAAAUGUCUAUAAGUGGCCUACUUAAACUGUGUCUACAUUAUGCCAAAACUAAAGAGAUGGAUACAGUCAGUCAUUUGAUUAGUCAUUGAAUCUCACAAAAAGUUAAAAAUUUGGCUCUGAUUCUCCCACCUUCCCCACACAGUAUGUUACUGUGAUGUUUUGGUUUUCUAUAGAUACCAUUUUAGAUUUAACAGUGCGCAUGUUUUUGUUUUGGUUUAAGAAAUAACAGUUACAAUUUCUUCUUUCAAUUAUAUCAUGGUCUGGCUUUUUCGUUGUUUUCUUCACGUUCUUCACAGCUCUAAGUGUUUCUGAUUACCUGACUUUUUUUUCUUUAGCUAUAAACAUUAAAAUAAAAGUUUAUUUUUAUGAAUUAAAAUUAUGGCCAGUAUCCACCCUGUGUGUACUUAGGCCAGUAAAUAGUAAUUUUAAGUAGCCAGUAUGUGGAACUCUUAAGUAAAGGUACUGUGGAUUCAUUUUUGGCAGUUUUAGCCCAUUAACUAGCUAAGUUUAAAACUUUCAGUAAGGUAAUAAAUAUAACCACUAAAACAGAAUACAUGUAUCUUCUUUUCUGAAUUGAUAGAAAUUUAGUCACUGAUCCAAUGACUUUGCUAGUUUUCUAAAGUUACUGGCUGUGAUGCAUACGUUUAUCUCAUGGAAAUGACUGAACCUUGAGGAAACUUCAGCUAGUAUCUGGGCUCAACUGUAAUAGACAACCUUUUAUCUUCUCAGUCUCAUUUAUAAACAAUACUACUGUAUAGAUACUGCAACUUAGGAAGACAGCAAUGGUGGCAUUUAGCUAGUUAUAAGCAAGUACCAAUAUAUAAAACAAUUAUGAUUUAAUGUAUGCAAUUUUAAUUGUAGCAGUAGAUAAUUUUCCUGUAUUGAUUCAAAUAAGUGACUUCUGCUAAUCUGGGAUCCACUGUGCUGUAAUUCAUUAUGUCACAUAAUAUAAUGCUCUCAAGUAUUGAUUAAUGAUGUGAACAGUACAGAGCUGGCAUUUAUAAUAGUUUAGUAUCCUAGAAAUACAUUGAAUUUCAUAAGCAUCAAUUAAUUUUUAAAGCAUACAGAAGUGAAAAUUCUGAAUGAAAUUAUCUUAUAAACUCAGAAAACAAGCCCGUCUUUAUCACUACUUAAAUACUUAGCUUGAAUACUGUUCUAUUUUUUAACAAUCCUAAUUAUUGCCUUUUUAAUGAACUCUACUGUAUUUAUUCAUAUGGGAUCAGCAGGUAUUUAUCAAACACCUACUAUGUGCCAGGCACUACUUAGUACUCUGGGGAAAUGCAAAGUCAAAGUGUGGUCUCUGCCUUUGAAGGUAUGUUCUCCAGGAAAUAAGCAGUAUUAUUUUCACAUCUAAGCAAACUUAAGCAAAAGAGCGACCAUUCACUUUUAAAAAGCAUAAUGUAUUAGUUUCAACUGAGAUAUACUAUGCUAUUGUAGAAGCGAAGGUAAAAAUUCUUUAAAUUAAAAUUUUGUUGAACAUUUUAAAAGUUAAUAUUUUAAUGUUGGUAAUAGAGGGUCAUGGUUUAGCAUGGAAGGGAGCAGAAGACCUGACUUUUUGUCCAAGUUCUGCCAUUUAUAUGUCAGCUAUGUGACAUUGAAUAAGUCACUUAUUCUUUCUGAGUCUUAGUUUUCUCAUUUGUAAGUUUGGAUAAAAAUGCAGGCAGUUAAGAAAAACAUAGAAAAGCAUUCCUUAAUCUAUUAACACUUUGUACUUGCAGAUAAUUUAUCAUUAUUUAAGUUACAAUGAUAAUGAAUGUACAUUCAUAUGCAUUUAAAUGAAAACUCCUAUUACUCAUAAAAUUUAUUCCAUGUCAAAUAUAUGCUUAGAGCAUGUUACCUAAAAAAUCUGAAGACUCUUAAAAGGUGCUGAAUUAAAAUCAGAAUUAGUGCUUGAAGUAAAAGGAAAAGUGAAGUAGUUUAUGUUUAUCUUCCAGUGAAUAAUGUUUAUUUUCAAAUCAUUAAGAUUUAAAGUAAUUGGAAGAUAGUUUUAGGUUUUUCUCAAAGAGGAAUUAGGAUGGUACUGCUCCUCAGAGUCUGCUAACUCUUCAGGCACUAGAUAAAGGUAAAAUAAGUCACGGUAUCAAAACGAUUUGGCAACAACCAUGGAACGGGGGCGUAAAAUAUGGUGGUUCCAAAUAUGGAAGUCAUCAGAGACGGCUCAGGGCUGUCUGACAACAGCUUGUUGGGUAGAGAGAGAAACCACUGGUGGUGCAGGAGAGAAGACACAGCGGAACAUCUUCAAGAUGAAGGUUCUUCCUGCUUUUUUCAAGAGAUGCUCUCUAGAGUGACAAGAGCUCCCCCGAAGAGUUCAUGAUUUCACAUUGAGAUGAGGGCUCAAUAACGGCAAUCUGAUGAUUUUUUAAAAGUUCGUUUUUCUAAUUAAACAUUAAGUUAAUUGCUCCCUCCAAAAAGAGAAGCUAAAAUCACCAGUCAUUUUUGAAUGCCCUAGACCUUCACCUAAGGCAGUCUUGAGAAGGUCGAGUGUCAGCCAUUUUAGCUUAGGAAAAAAGUGUCACUAUUAACUAAAGGAGACAAAUGAAACCCAGAUAAGGCAGUGAUUCACCUGGGGUCACAGUGGAUCCUAGACCUCUGGUACCUUGCUUCCCCUCUACCACAGACCCUCCUCUGUGACUGCAGCCUCUGCUGGUGGUGUUGAUACGCUUACUAGAAGCCAGGUGGAAAGAAAGGGGAGGAGGUAAUAUGCUCACUACAUUGCUGUUGGACUAAAGUAAUUUUAGUACUGUAGCCUUACUAAAAACCCUGCCCUUAUUGUCAUUUGUUUUUCAGUGAACAUCAUGCCAUAGUCAAAUAUCCCUCACGUGAACAGAUUUUUUAAAUUAAGAUCAUUAAGAAGCAAAUGCCCAUUUCCAAAGCAAUUAGCUUAUUGUGAUAGACUGGUUUUAUUCUUCUAUAGUAUUUUUUUCCUCUUUAGUAGGUAGGGGAAAAUAACACUUAUUUACCUGCAUUCUUUCCUUUAGAGUCUUCCUUUCACCCUUGGUGCCCUCUCUAGUGUCCUAAAGCUUUGUCUCAAGUGCAGCAUUAAAUUUUUUGUUAAAGCUCAAUUCAGUGAUUCUUCCAACAAGUUUAUCUGCUCUGCACUAUUUCACUAAUAAACCCUGGCUACCACGUAGCCCUUGACCUCCAAGUAGUUUACCUAUGCAAGACCUGUGACAUUCUGAAUUCACUUUUCCUUAUUUCAGAAAGCAGUCCUCAGUGGAACUUAAUCAUAAAAAUAAACCUUGUCUCCAUCCAGUUUUAUUUUGGCUAUUUCCUUUUCAAAGUGUCAGCUAUUCCCCCCCAAGACUUUUCACCAAAACAGUGAUCAUAAGUGCUGGAAUAUAUAAUAUUUUGCAGGAAUAAAAUAACCCAGACAUGCUCUUCUAUUUCUGUGGUAGAUUUUGGUUGGUAACAGUUACCAGCAUUAAGUGGAAUAUAGAAUGAGUUAAUUUCUUGCCUGGAAUCAUUUCUUCCCUCAAAGAUUCAUAAGUAACCAUUUUAUUUUUACAAAGCAUACAUAUAACUUCCACAUGAUAGUCAGGGACCUGAGGUGUAACUUGCUAAGUGAACCCCAAGGUUAUUUUAUCUUGCAAAAGAAACCUAAACCAAACUAAGGGCCUUACAUUUAUGGUUAGACUGAAUCAAAAGCUAUAACCUCAGUUUUUUCCAAAACAGCUUCUGACUGCAAAAGCAAGUCAUGCAGUUGUUAGGUAUGAAAUAGCACUGAUCAGGAAAUGCACGCGCAGCUUUGCAGGGUGUAUUUCCUUCCGUAAAAACUUUUUUACUUUUAAUAUAAAUUAAGCCAUAACAGUUUCAUGCUGUGGAAAGAGGGUGAAAGGUUCAUUUGAAGAGAUUAUAUAAUAUGAAUUUUCACACUUACUGUGAAACGUCUAACUUUGCCAGUGCUUCAGCAGGCUUUUUGGGGAUGGAAGGGUGGAGGGAGGUGGUAGGGAGGGGUAGUAUUGAUUUUAGGGGUUUCAAAUCUGUGAAAUUUGAAAAGGGGAUGGUUGUUGGCUAUGGUAUUUACUAGUUUUGUAGUAAUGUUUUGCUAGCCUGACUGACUUUCCUUAACUGAUUUUUAUGCCCAUGGUCCAAGGUGACUGUCACUCUUUCUUGUUUGGGGUGUCUGCAGAGUAGUGUCUUGUCUGUUUGUAUAGGCAGUCAGUGUGUGUGCACAUGUGUGUCCUUUGAAGACAGAAGCACACUGUGUGACUACGGAGUGGGGUGUGGCUGGGAAGUGGGACGCUGAAGCUUUAAGAGCGUUUUUUUCGAUUCAUGACAGUAUUUCCCAUCUUUUGCCUGCAGGCAGGGAAAGUGUACAGUAUUUAUUUUGUUUCUGUUUUAAAUUUGUAAGUCUUUAAAUAGCUUAUAUUGGUUAUUAGAGGGGAAGACAAGUGACUUGUUUAAAGUUGUAUUUGGUAUUUCCAAUUUCUGUAUUUUGAAUAUUGAAAUUAAAAUUGUAUUACUUCUGUUUUGAUUUUUU